AGGAGUCCGGGCCGGGUUUUGCGCCGGGUCCCCGGGCUCGUCUCACGGCCUCCAGCCGCCGCCGCUGCCGUGUUUACUGAGCUCGCGCGUCCUGAUAUCACUCCGCUGGCAUGGAGGAGGAGGAGGAGGUGGAGGAGCGCGAGGAGGAGGAGGAGGCGGCGGCGGCGAGCAGUUGAUCAUUGUGAUGGUGGCGGAGGCGGCGGCGGCAGCGGCAGCCUGGCCGAGCGUUAGGGGCUGCUCUCCGCGCGGCGUUUCGCAAAGGACUUCAGCGAUCUACUUUUGCAGUCGCCUCGGACUGUCCAUGUGUUUACUUGCCCCAGCCCGAGGACUCGAUGUCUAGGCUCCUGUGAAAUGCAACUGAGCAGCCAAAGUACUUUGAGAACACGGGGCGGCAUAAACACCAAAACUUUUUUGUGGAAGGAAAAUGCAAUAAGCAAGCUCGCCGUUUUCCGAUGCGGCGUGGAGUGAGUGUGUGUCGCGCGUGUCCGCACUGGAGGCACACGCUCGUGUGUGUACAUGGGGUGUGCUUUUCGGUACGUAGGGAGAAAAUGCUUGCCAACCACCGGAAACCUCCUGGAAUUUAUUAGAAAAUAAUGGAUUAUUAAAAGGAGGCAGGCGAGGAGCGGAUCUCCCCUUGAGUUGCAAGCCGAUCUGCUGCCGGCUCAGUUUGUUGGGAUUCUAUUUGUUGAUAGGUGUCUGAUGGUAUUCCGAUAACACCCCCUCUUUCCUCAGUUUUUUUUUUAAGGAAACAACAACAAAAACCAUCCCCAAAUCUCUCCCCCCCUUUUUUUUUCGCCCCGUGGGGAUCGCUGUUUUCAUCCAUGUGCUCGCGUCUCCCCCGCGUUCCACUUAAACUAUUUUAAUCCUUGGACCCAAGGAGGAGGCUGAUAGGGGGGUGGAUUUAAAAAAAAAAGUUCUUCCAAAAUAGUGUGCCCCGGGAGCAGGAUGGGGGAUUUCGCAGCCCCCGCUGCUGCCGCGAAUGGUAGUAGUAUCUGCAUCAACAGCAGCCUGAGCAGCAACCUCGGCGGGGCCGGGAUCGGCGUGAAUACUCCCAAUAGCACUCCGGCUGCUCCGAGCGGCAAUCACCCCGCUGCCGGCGGCUGCGGCGGCUCCGGGGGCCCCGGCGGCGGCUCGGUGGCCGUCCCCAAGCACAGCACGGUGGUCGAGCGGCUCCGGCAGCGUAUCGAGGGCUGCCGGCGGCACCACGUCAACUGCGAGAACAGGUAUCAGCAGGCUCAGGUGGAGCAGCUGGAGCUGGAGCGCCGGGACACCGUGAGCCUCUACCAGCGGACCCUGGAGCAGAGGGCCAAGAAAUCGGGCGCCGGCAGCGGCAAGCAGCAGCACCCGAGCAAAGCCCAGCAAGAUGCGGAGGCUGCCUCGGCGGAGCAGAGGAACCACACGCUGAUCAUGCUCCAGGAGACGGUGAAAAGGAAGCUGGAAGGGGCCCGGUCACCACUUAAUGGGGACCAGCAGAAUGGGGCUUGCGACGGGAGCUUCUCUCCAACAAGCAAGCGCAUCCGGAAGGAUCUUCCCACGGGCAUGGAAGCCAUCAGCAGCUUGCCCAGCAGCAUGCCACUGCCUUCCGCUUCACCCCUUCACCAACUUGACCUCAAGCCUUCUUUGCCCUUGCAGAACAGUGCUGCUCACACUCCUGGGCUUCUGGAAGAUCUGGGUAAGAACGGCAGGCUCCCUGAGAUUAAACUCCCCGUCAAUGGCUGCGGGGACCUGGAGGAUAGCUUUGCUGUACUGCAGAGCAAGGACCUCAAACAGGAGCCUCUCGAUGACCCUGCCUGCAUAGACACAUCAGAAACGUCACUUUCUAAUCAGAACAAGCUCUUCUCUGACAUUAACCUGAAUGACCAAGAGUGGCAGGAACUAAUAGAUGAGCUGGCCAACACGGUUCCAGAAGACGACAUCCAGGACCUGUUCAAUGAAGACUUUGAAGAGAAGAAGGAUCAGGAAUUCUCACAGACAACCAUGGAGACCCCACUCUCCCACGAGAGUGCGAGUGUGAAGAGCGAUGCCUCUCAUUCUCCUUUUGCACACGUCUCUAUGGGAUCGCCCCAGGCCAGACCUUCGUCUUCUGGUCCUCCCUUUUCUACUGUCCCCACAGCCACCAGCUUACCCUCUGUGGCCAACACUCCCGUGGCUCCAAACCCUGCCAGCUCACCAGCUAACUGCGCUGCCCAGUCCCCCCAAACUCCAACGCAAGCCCACACUCCAGGUCAAGCCCCACCUCGGCCUGGCAAUGGCUAUCUCCUCAAUCCAGUCUCGGGGACGGUAUCCGGUUCAGGGUCGGGCUCAGUGGCAGUGCCCAGCUCUGACAUGUCCCCGGCAGAGCAGCUCAAACAGAUGGCUGUCCAGCAACAACAGAGGGCCAAACUCAUGCAGCAGAAACAGCAGCAGCAGCAGCAACAGCAGCAGCAGCAGCAGCAGCAGCCCCACUCAAAUCAGACUUCAAGUUGGUCUCCCUUAGGGCCUCCGUCAAGUCCUUAUGGAGCUGCUUUUACGGCAGAAAAACCAAAUAGCCCAAUGAUGUACCCCCAAGCCUUUAACAACCAAAACACUAUAGUGCCUGCAAUGGCCAACAGCCUGCAGAAGACGACCAUGAACAACUACCUCCCUUCGAAUCACAUGAAUAUGAUCAGUCAGCAGCCAAAUAACUUGGGUACAAACUCCUUAAACAAACAGCACAAUAUUCUCACCUAUGGCAACACUAAGCCUCUGACCCAUUUUAACGCGGACUUGAGCCCGACAAUGACACCCCCCAUGGCCAACCCCAACAAAAACCCGCUGAUGCCCUACAUCCAGCAGCAGCCUCCUCAGCCGCAGCCGCAGCCGCAGCCCGGCCAGCAGCAGCCGCAGCAGCCGCCACAGCUGCAGGCUCCUAGGGCGCACCUGAGUGAGGACCAGAAGCGCAUGCUUCUCAUUAAGCAGAAAGGAGUGAUGAAUCCGCCCAUGGCCUACGCUGCGCUUCCGGCCCAUGGUCAGGAGCAGCACGCAGUCGGUCUUCCCAGGACCACCGGUCCCAUGCAGAACUCUGUGCCCCCGGGGUCAAGCAGCAUGGUCUCGGGAACCAGUCCUGGGGGUCUCGGCUUCCUCGGCGGGCAGCCACAGGCAGCCAUCAUGAAGCAGAUGCUGAUGGACCAACGGGCCCAGCUAAUGCAGCAUCAGAAGCAGCAGUUCCUCCGGGAGCAGAGGCAGCAGCAGCAGCAGCAGCAGCAGCAGAUCCUGGCUGAGCAGCAGUUACAGCAGCCUCGCCUGCCCCGCCAGCACCUCCAGCAGCAGCGGAGCCCGUACCCAGUGCAGCAGGUCAAUCAGUUCCAAGGUGCACCCCAGGACAUAGCAGCUGCGAGAAACCAGGCAGCCCUCCAGAGCAUGCGCACAUCGAGGCUGAUGGCACAGAAUGCAGGCAUGAUGGGAAUGGGCCCCUCCCAGAACCCGGGGACGAUGGCCACAGCCGCAGCCCAGUCAGAGAUAGGACUGGCCCCGUACAGUGCCCCUCCAGCCAGCCAACCCGGAAUGUACAACAUGAGCGCAGGAAUGACCCCGAUGCUGCAGCACCCCAACCAAAGUGGCGUGAGCAUCCCACACAGCCAGGCCCAGGGGCCCAGGCAGCCGGCCUCUGGCCAAGGCGUGGGCAUGGUGAGUGGCUUCGGGCAGAGCAUGCUGGUGAACUCGGCUCUUUCCCAGCAGCACCAGCAGUUGAAAGGACCCGUGGGCCAGGCGUUGCCGAGGCCCCAAGGCCCACCGAGGCUUCAGAGUGUCAUGGGAACCGUCCAGCAAGGAGCACAAACUUGGCAACAGAGGGGCUUGCAGGGGGUGCCCGGGAGGACUAGUGGAGAGCUGGGACCAUUCAACAAUGGCACCAGCUACCCACUACAAGCUGCUCAGCCAAGAAUGACCAAACAACACUUCCCACAGGGACUGAGCCAGUCAGUCAUGGACGCUAACAGUGGCGCAGUGAGGACCCUCAAUCCAGCAGCUAUGGGCCGUCAGAUGAUGCCACCGCUCCCAGGGCAGCAAGGUACCAGCCAGGCCAGGCCGUUGGUCAUGUCUGGUCUGAGCCAGGGUGUCCCUGGCAUGGCGGCGUUCAGCCAGCCCCCGACACAGCAGCAGAUAGCGGGCGGCGGCUUUGCUGCAGGCAGCCAGGGCCAGGCCUACGAGCGGAACCCCGCUCAGGACAUGUCUUACAAUUAUAGCGGUGAGGGUCCUGGGGCUUCCUUCCCUGGCCUCCCAGACGGCACAGACCUCGUGGACUCCAUCAUCAAGAGUGGCCCAGGGGAUGAGUGGAUGCAGGAGCUUGAUGAACUAUUUGGUAACCCCUAGUCAGGAGGGGCCCAAGAGCUGUAGUGGUGGAAACAGGAUGGCUCCCCAUCCUUGUUUUUUGUUUUUUUUGACCCACGUAAACUGAGAAAAACGACAGCUGGCCGACGGUAGAAGGUACAGGUGUCAACCCCCAGCUCCGCGGGGCCUCAUUCCACCUGCCUUCCACAGAGCGAUCAAGUAGAGAGGCCACGCAGACGCCUACCUGGAGAGGAGCCAUACGGAGAGCAGGUGGGUAAGUCGAGGCAGCAAGCGUUCCUCUGCUGAGCACCCCUCGGAUCUACUGGUCCAGAAGGAGCUGUUCCAGCCCAGAGGGACUAUGGCCCAAGACGAGGUCCCCGUAGACCUUCCAGCCUCAGGUCCCGAGGCCUCGGAGAUGGAGCCCAGCCAGAGAAAGCCCAGCAGAGGAUGCUGGGAGACACACGGGCCGUGUGCAUAGGUCACACAUGCUCUGGGUGCUGGAUGGAAGGAGACGCAGACUUCCAGACGUGUUCCUGGAUUUGGAGGUAGGCACGAAGAACAGUGAGCUUGCCUGAGCUGGCCCCCUAGGGAGACAAGCAAGGAUCCUGCAGGUUCGUCUGUCUCCUGCCCAGCGACGAUCCUCGGGAAUGGCAAGGUGUUGGCUGCAGCCCCACUACCAGGAGAGCCAGCUGUGCUUGCGAAGCGCCCAUCCAGUAGCCCUGAAGGUCAGCUUCUGCCGGUGGCCCUGGCGGCCACCACUCUAGGUUGCACUGAGCUUCCCGAAGCCCCCAUCCGUUUGACACAUUUAGCUGGUUUUCAUCUGUUUCCGGCCGCAGCCUGGAAAGACCCCUGCAGAAUUCAGCGUCUGCCAGCCCAGCCCUUCCUCCCUCACCGCUGCCUCCAGUCCUCCUGGCCUCUGGGCUAGCCUCGCCUUCGCCUGCACCCUACCCAGGAGGUGAAUCACUGGGGCAAAGUCAGAGUCGGUGCAAGAGGAAGUUAGACAGUGUCCGGCAUGCAAAGGUCUCCACUGGAGCCGAGUGGACUCCACUGAUGGAAGAUGCAGGCUCUGUAAGAGCCACACCCUUGAGCCACACCCACACCCCUGCUGUCCCCAGGGAAGAAUGGCCUGAAGACCCCAGCUCUGCAGACGGUGCCGAUGGUGACACUCCAGGAUCAACCCCGCCAUCAGAAAGGCGAAUAUCAAACGCUGGAGUUGGAAACGCUGAAAAAUCAUAACUCCAUCUUGACAAUUCGGAUGCUGAAGAGAGGGAGAUGUGGUCCCUGUCCUGAAAGCAACCUACUUCAGACACUGCGCCGCAGGCAGCUCUCGUGGUGACUCCCGCAAAGCUGCCUGGAGUGAAACUGAAUAAGGAAUCUGCAGUCUCCAGGGUCACAAGCCUUGUCUCCUUACCUCACCUCCCAACUUGGAGGUCAGGUGACAUUUAUCCAUGGUGUUUAUUGUCCUGACCACCCAAAUGCGCGCGCGCGCACUUGCACGCACACACACACACACACACACACACACACACACACACACACACACACACACACACACACACACACACACACACACACACACACACACACACACACACACACACACACACACACACACACACACACACACACACACACACACACACACACACACACACACACCACACAAGCUGGUGCUGGUUCGUUCUAGGUCUUCACGUGGGAACUGCAUCAGCCAUACCCAAGAAAAGCCCACGAGAAGGCGCACCGUCUAGUAGGCUGCAGCGGGCACUCUGGAGCUGUUCUCCAUGUCCCGAGAGUUCCAGGCCUGCUCUGACAGGAAGUAAAGUCGGGAGGCACCAGGGGGAGGAGCUGUGCGCAGGGUGACUGUGAACUCCCAGAACGGCGAGGUACUGCCGCUAGAGAAACUGAGUGGAGACACGUGGAAACCAAAAAAUAAAAUUAAAAAAUGGUAAAGUGAGAAAACGGAAUUCAAAUUUAUCACCUUUUCCUGCCAGGUUACAGGAAAAGGAGGAGCUGCAGGUGGAGAGAGUGGGCUCCAUUGUCCUUUAAAAGCCUCCUGGAAGUGCUCAGUCUAAGGACCAACUAAUAGGUGGUAGAUUUUAUUGAGGUCAUUUUGUUUUGUUUUUACUACGGUGCUGAUGUAUAUGUAAUGUCUAAAAAAGAAGUUAUUUGUACAUAGGUUUUUACAAUGCUACAGAUAUCACUGGGUCUACUAUAUGUAAAAAGUAUACAUAUAAAUAUAUUAUAUAUAUAUAAAAUGUUUGUUUAAAAUAGAGUAUUUUUAUUUCCUCCCUAACUCAUCAUUGAAGAGGUGAUGUAUACUUCGGAUGACAUCUAAGUACUGGUUUAUACUUUAUGACCUAUGGCAACUUCCUUCAUUUAAUUCAGAGGUUUCCAGCUUUCUGUUUUUACUUCGUGCAGCAAGCGCUGCUCAUUUCCAUGAAGGAAUGUACAGAACUCUGAAAUGUAAACGCGAAGCAAUGUUGACACACCACUUUUAAAGGAAAAAAACAACCAAUGGAAAUAAAAUGUCACUCUCUGAAUCAAUCCGUAGCAUAGUUCACUGUAGGAUCCCCUCUCUGCCCAGCGUCAGUUAAGCAGAUGUAUCCUUCCCGGGUUUUCAUGGACUAACUGCAGAUUCCUUUCUCGGAAUUGUGGUGUUGUUAUUUAAACAACUAUUUAACAGUAGAAAUCAAUCACUCUCGAGCCUCCUUAAUUCAGCCACACGACCGAGCCCCCUGAGGAUGUGGUGAAAGGGAGGGGGGGUCUCACACGAAGAAGUCUGUCCGUAGAUCCAGGACCAGAACAAUUCAGAAGUAGCUCAGCCCAGAGCAUUCAGAAAAUAAUGGGGCCAGCGAGAUGGCCCAUCAGAUAAAGGCGCUUGCCAUCAAGCCUGAAUGACUUGGGUUCAAUCCCUGGAACCCACAGGGUCGCAGGAGAGGACCAACUCCCACAAGUUGUCCUUUGACCUCAUAUGAGCCCCAUGACUCAUGUGCACACACAAUACAAAUUAACGUAUAAAAAUAUAAGGAAGAGAAAAUGGACAGUAAAAAUUUGAUGGGAAAAAUUCGGAAUGUGUUGGGGAGACACAGUUCAGUAGUCUUGGCCACUGUAAUGGGCAAUUUUGACAUCUUCUCUCCCCUGUGUCCCUUGUUUCUGCUAGCCCACGACACAUCUGUCAAAGAGGGUCUUACCCAGCUUUUCCUGAACCCACCCUGAGCUGAAAAUGCUACAAGUUUAUACUCCUUUAACUCAAGCCAAUAGCUCGCUGCUGUGGGAUAAUAAAAGGCCAGUAACUUGUCUGGGAAACUCUGAGAAUGAACAGUUCCCCCGCUUGCUGCAGGAUCAGGCAGAGGCUGGGGCGUGGCUUCCACUUGCCCCCCCCUUGGCCCCCCCUUGCUUGAUUUCUUCCUAUCCUCCGCCUGUUGCUCUACUCUUUUUUUUUUAAUUUCCCCCCUCAAGCCACUCAUUCCUAUAUCAUAUACGAGAACCCAUUUCUCCAUUGAGAAGACCUGCCCUUAGAACGCCUCCAUUAAACUUAAAACACGGUGAAAUGUUUCUAAACUCUUGAGUUAAGCAGAAAACAGACCACAGAGAAGCAUCACCAGUAGAAAGGGUUCCAAAGCAAAGGUGAGUUUUAAAUGCAUGCAUAAGCCCAGAGGAAGAGCGAACUUCGCUGUGGAAGAAGAGGGAAGCCUUGUCCACAGCGGGCUUUGCUCCAGAACGGCUGACAGUGCUGUGGAGAAGGCAGCCUGCCUCCGGGCUGGCCCUUGUGUGAGCACAGGCUUUGCCAGAUAACGGGAGGGAAAAGGGGAAUUGUUUUGGUUGGAAGGACAAUGAGAAGAGGGAGUUGACAACAGGGUAAAAACAUCAAGCCCUGAGAAGAACGCUGGCUCCUCACUUGCAAAUUUAUACUAAAAUCUGUUGGGCGCUGGAUGAGUGAAAUACCUUCCUUCUUAAAAAUAAAUAAAUCUAUAAUUUUAUUAAGAUAAAA